UGUUGGCACCCAACAAUCAAGCAUACUGCUUCUCCUGACCUGAACACCUGUCUUGACAGAUGGGGCUCAAGUCAUGGAACAUGUGGAUCUAUCUAUUAAAGGACAGGGGACAGUAGUUAAUGAGAAUUAACAGAGGAUUGGGAAAUGGUUCACGAGAGAGAGCUUAGCCCUCUCUGGAGAUCUUCCCGGUCCCCAUGUCUUUCCUCAACAAUGAGGCCUGCUAGAAUGCCACAGAUUGAUGUGUCGUGUGCAAAUCCUCUCUCCCUACACCUUGGCGACCAUCAGGAAGAACCUUUCUAUCCCCAGUGAGAGAAGUUGGCUGUCAUGGUAAGUUAUUGGUGAGAUGGCUUGGCCUUUGACUGGACUGGCUGAAUCUUCCCAUCUCUUCCUGCACUUUCUGUUGCUGGUGGUUUCUUCUAAUGUAGCAGAAGCCAGUAUGCAGGCUGCUUGAGACCUACAGUCUCAGAUGUUGCAGAUGAUAGCAUUCUCUAAGUAAAGGAUUAAGGUCAGGCCUCUAAUAUGGAUCAGAUCAAACUGAGCAAUAUCUCCUGAAAAUUUAUUAUGUUCCACAUAAUAGAUCAACUGGUUUCCUUAGGCAGCUGGGAAGAGCUGCCCUCAGUCUGAGAGGGACAAUGGUCAAAGGGGGAGAAAAGCUCAUGCCAAAUGAGGGAGAGACUGUAGCAUGCAGAAAGAGUCAAGAAACAAGUGUCAAAGGAAGAUCCCAGUUUUGUCUUGUUAUUGGUGGUUGUUUCUUUUGCAAGAGCUGUAGUUGAGGUGGGAUGUGUUUCACCCCCAUUAAUUCUCUUUGGUGAUGUAAAACUCCCGUCUCACAGCUAUGCAGUAACUAGUCCUACUACAGCCACACAAUAUGGAUUGCAGGCACAAACUUGCUAGCUUUAACAAAGCCUUGGUGCUGUGUGGACUGCCAAAGAAAUGGAGACGAAGACAUGUCCAUUGGAGGAAAUCAAACAAAAUAAAAACCAAACAAGAAACCAAAAACUUCCUGAGCUUUGCUGAUGAGGGAACAGGAUCUGAACCUGAACUCAUCCUGUUCAAUCAGCAUAAACCUACAAAGCUCUGGGAGGGAGCACAACUGGGCUGUUAAUGCAUAAAAACAGGGCACUGGGGCCUAUGUAGUUAACACACCUUGUAACACCUCAAGGUCUAGGCAAUCUAUUGAGUGCUCAUUACAUUAUGUGAACAAUAGAUUCUCAGUCUAGAGACCAUUUUACAUAUCUUUCUUCCAAGUUAAUAGCUUUGUCCGUGCUAAUAGUCAGGAAAAGCACAUUGUGGGAUUGUAGUGUAGCUUGAUCGCUUAAUUUUGCCAGCUGCCAUUAGCUAUAGCUGUGUGUCCUCAUCCAGGGUUGGGGAUCUGAGGGACAUUCCUUGAAGCUGCCUUUGAGCAUGGGAAGACCAACCAGCAGCAGCUGGUGCCUGUAGUGGCUCCCGACUAGAGCCAUGUUUUGCCAGGUGUCACUGCUGGGAGCCUGUGGUGAACCUGCAUCACCUGUGCUCGGGGCAGGUCAGCCAGCUAACUUGCAAUGGCCUGCUUUCCCUUUUUGUUCUCAGGUGUUGUAGGAUGGCAAACCCUGCAUGCUGGGGCAGAGGCAUCUGGCUUGCUCAGGAGACCAGCUUUUUAAUCCUUGAAGCUGUUUGAAGAGAUGUUCCCUGACGGAGGGAGCUGCCUGUAACUUGCAGCCUUUGUGUUGAGUCUUGUGCUUUAGUGAUGUAAAGGAGGCAUGGCGCUCCCCUGCCCUCCUGGCCUGGUCUGCAAGCCUGGCUGGGCUGGGCUGGUGACACCUGUGACGUGGUCUUGUAAGUUCAGUCUCACCCAUGGCCAUGUGUUGCUACCUGCUGCUGAAUCCCCUCACUGCGGGGCUUCUGGCAACCCCUGGGCUCAGCUGCCAUCUCCAUUGGGAUUGGCUGGGCCCCCAGCAGUCCAGAAGGGGGGAAUUGCAGGCAAGCAUCACCUGGGACCUGGAUAGCAUCUGGCAAAGUGCUCUCUGAAAAGAAAUUGCAGCUGGCAUCUGUCAGGCAGAGCAUGCUGGCUCCUGGGUUGGCUGCCUGCAGUGACCUCCCCUGGGCUGGGGAGACCUGUGCCUGCAGGUGGGAUGUGGGCAGGGGCUAUGGAAGAAGCCUCAAAGCAGAACUGCAGCAUCUGGAGAUGUUCCCAGGAGCAUCUGAGACGGAGAGGAAAGGAAAGGGUGUGUUGACUUUGGCACACAGGAACCACAAGGGAGAAGGGUUAGGCAACCAUAAGAUGACAGGACAAGGACUUUGGUGGGUCUGGUUUAAAACAGACCAGAACAGCUUUGGGUGACAGCAGAGUUUCUAUUGGCUUUUAUUGAAUACUUCCCUCAGUUCAAGAGCAGCUCUACCUUCAUGUCCACCAGUAUCAUAACUUGUCAUUCAAAUGCUUUCCUGAAUGAUUUAAAACUGACCCCUGGUCAAAUUUACAGAAGCAUGGUUUUGUUUUGGUUUUUUUUUUGUUUUCUUCCCUCUUGACAGUUUGGCAGUAAUGGAACUGGUACUUCCAAAUACAGACAUGUUCUGCUAUCCUAAAGCCCACUGCACUUCAGUACCCUCAUGCACCAUGUAGUGCAGGACUUCGAAUCGAGACAUUCCAGUCUUGUGGUCUGCCAGUGCGUAUACAUUUUCCACAGUGCUGGGGCUGAUUUCCUGGGCUAAGAAACUGAAGAGCAUUUCUGAGCUCCCAGGAAUUCUCAGGUUGCUGCCAGUGCUUCCAGUGUUCAGCACAGCCUUCUCUGACAGACUGAGGGUGAAUGAGCAGACAGGAAAGGUUCAGUAACCUACUGGUGUUUCUCUCUAGAACCAGGAACCAAAAAGUCCCACCUUUUACAUAGCAAAACAGGGAUCAGUGUUCACACUGUGGUUAAAUGGCAUCAGAAAUCACCUACGCUGAGGUGAAGUUCAAGAAUGCAUCACUGCCUGCAGUGGCUGAAGUACCUCCUGAGACAAAGAAGCAUGAGCACCAUCCCCAGAAAUGCCCCCCUUGGCUCCCGUGGUUGAUCUCACUGCUGCUCCUCUUGGUGUGCAUUGCCCUCAUUAUUGUUCUGCUUGCUCUGCAGCGCCCGUGGGGACCUGAUGCCAGCUCUGCCCAGAGUGGUGACGAGCCCACAGCCCUGCAGCAGCAAUUCCUGGAGUGGCAGUGCAUCUCGGUGGUGGCGCAAGGCAAAGGGAGAGGCUGGAUGUGCUGCCCAAAGGGCUGGAAACGCUUUGGAAAAAGCUGCUAUUACAUAUCGGAUGAUAUGAUGGGCAGGAAUGAGAGUGCGAAGAACUGCACUGGGAUGGGCUCCCACCUGGUGGUGAUCAACACCGAAGCAGAGCAGGUUUUCCUCACUAGCCAGCUAGAGGUUUCAAGAGGGAAGAAUUACUACAUCGGUCUGCGAUCACAGGUGGUGGGCCAGUGGCAGUGGGUGGACCAGACUCCAUAUAAUGAGUCGGCAGCGUUCUGGCGGGAAGGGGAACCAAGUAAUGUGUCUGUUGAGAUGUGCGUUGUAAUCCAUACGACUCCAAGCAUACACAACUGGAAUGAUUUCCGAUGCGAGAGCUCUUAUCGAAUUUGUGAAGCUGCAGCAGUAACUGUGUGAUGGAGCAAACGUCAUCCUGAGUAACACUGAGGCAUGAGUAGUGAGCUGGGAACAGCUUAGGGCUGAGUGGGGAGGGAUGGGGGACCUGGAUCCUGCGUCUUCACUCUGCUGGAUGGGACAAUGUGAGUGGAAGUGUCCUGCAUCCCCAGUGCAAGUAUCAGGUCAGGGAAAACAUGAAGUCUCAGCAUCAUCAAAGCAGGUCCUGGGCUCUUGUGUCCUCUUCUCCCUGAGUGGGUCCAGCAGCCACUGGCUGAGAAGAGGUUGAGUUCUCCAGGAAGAUGACACAGGCAUGGAAGACAAAUGCUCAGAGCUGUGAUUUCCUUUGUCUCCUUGAGCAGAGGUUUCUGCUUUUUCUUGCAGUGCACAGAGAAUGUCCUGUACUUGCUUUGGUUUUGCUGAACAAAUACUGAUUCCUUAUCCAGCGGAAAAUCGAAUAUUAAAGCAAAGAAAAAGUCUUUGUGUGGCCUCUCUUUCUCUCUCUCUCCCUCUCUAAGCUGCUGGUGGUUUGUGUAAGCACGAUGAAAACAUGUUGCUGUGCCAGGAUCGAGCCUUAUGCACUUACUGCAGCAGAAGUUGCAUCCACCCCGUUAAAGUGAAGGCCUCCAAGACAACCUGGCUACAGAGUCCCAUUGCACACAGCCAAAGCUCUGGAGGGGACAGGGCUCAGGAAACCAACUCUAGGGCUAUCAUCGCUAUUAGUUUCCAUGGCUGAAAGUCUUGCCUGGGAGAGUAACGGGAGCUUGUGCCAGGUUGACCAAGGAAGGGAAGUUGUCACCAGCGGCAAAAUGAUGGGGGCCUUCAGGGCCAGCUCUAGGAAGAAGUCCUCUUCCCAACUCAGGGCUGAUCCCAGACUCACCUGAAGCAUCAGCCUUCUUGGGAGACUGACACCUCCAUUGUCCCCCAUCUAAAGGCAUCCAUGCCCAGGCCAGACCAUGCUUCAGAAGAGGCAGGAAGGGACAGGGCCGCUGCUGCACAUGAGGUCCCUUCCAGAAGCGCAUUGCCUGUUGAAUUGCCUUCAUGUUCUGCUCCAGACUGUAUGUCAUCAGGGAUCCCACCUUUUCUUCACUCACUCCCAGUGGCAUGCCUCUCCUGGCCAUGUGACUCUGUCCUACCUAUGAAAAUGAAUCCUCUCUCUGUGUCCCAAAGAGAGGGGAGAAUUUGUACUACAGGCAAGGUGGCCAGGAGGUUUGCCUUCCUAAACCAAUCAACUGGAGUAGGUCUGUGAACAGCCACGGGUGGUGGCAGGAGCUGCUGAAUCCCACAGACCAGCCAAGGCAAGGCUCCAUGGCCCCAGGUCCAGACAGGAGUGAGGCUGAACGUGUAUGUGCAAUAUCUGCAUAUAUAGAUACAUAUGGAAGAAAAAGAACAUGUAUAGCCACACAGGUCAACACAGACAGAAAGCAUUGAUGUAAACGUAAACACAUGUUGUAAUCCAGCAGAAGGCACUUCACCAGAGCUGGCUCUGUCUUCCAGAUGAAUGAGAGCCACUGUCUCUGCCUUUUUGAAGCUGUAACAUCAACUGUCUGAUGGAAGAAACCUCAUCCUGAGUAAAACUGAGAGACCACUAGUGACCUGACAAGGCACCUGAUAAGGCAAAUUUGAGAUCCAGCAGAGCACAUCUCCUCAUCAGGUUCUCCAUAGCCUGUAUCAAGAAAUCAUCAAGGCACUCCAGAAACCUGAAUUGCUUGUACUUUGCUGCUGAAAACAAAGCUUGGAAACUGCUGCGCAAACUGCUGAGCCUGCUGGCUCCCUCUGUUAGCUGCGCUCUCAUACGUACUGCUGGGGCUCAGGACUGUGGAGCUGGUCUUCAGUCCCUGAAAGUGCAAAGCAAACAGGCACACUGGGAAGAACUUCCUGUGGGAUUAAGUCUCUCGUCCUGUAUU